CUUCACCGGCCCAAAUGAAAAUAGCCCAGAAUAGAAACGAACUCUUGGGCCCAAAUGGAAAAGGCCCACAAAACUGAGCGCCGAAGCAAACACCGAAAUAAUCGAAGGUAAGCGAGUUGUUGGGUUUUUUCUUCUUCUUGUUGCACGCAGCGAGUUGUUCGAACUGCAAUAAACGCCUCCACUCUUUUAGCUUUCUCAUGUUGCUUCGGGAUUUAACAAAGCUGAACUUUCUUGGCAAUGAAAUGGAGGCAUGGCCGUAGUCUCUUCCAAAUAGCACCGCGUCAAUUCCUUCGAACGCUCGCCCAUCAGUCAGGUCCCAAAUGUUCAACCCCACUUGUGAAUUUAACCGAAAAGCUCCACAAUCGACUCAACCAAAACGCUGAGCGGAAAUAUUCUGAAAAGGGGCAGGUGAUUCUCACUAAUGAGCUUGUGCACACCACUCUGUUGAAUUGUCCUUCUGAUUUGGUCGCUUUGAGCUUCUUCCUGUGGUGUGCUAAACAGCCUGAUUUCUUCCACAGCGCCACGGCGUUUGAUUACAUGGUGGGUGUGGUUUCCCGCCUCAUGAAACGCUAUGAAACGGUUAAUGGGGUUGUUGGGGGAUUGGAGAGUGUGGGGAAUGUCACUAAGGCACAGACGUUCUUGCUUCUUCUAAGGAUUUAUUGGCGUGGAGGAAUGUACGAGUUGGUUUUUGAAGCAUUUGACCAAAUGGGUCACUGUGGAUUUACACCAAACACGUUUGCUCGUAAUGUGAUUGUGGAUGUAUUGUUUAAAGUUGGACGUGCUGAUGUUGCUUUGAAGGUCUUUAAAGAGACUCCCCUGCCUAACUUUUUGACAUUCAAUAUUGUUUUGUGUAAUUUAUCCAAGAUUAAGGAUUUUGUAGGUAUUGGGGAUGCUGUUAGACGUAUGUUGAGAAUGGGGUAUUAUCCUAAUCCUGGGACAUUUGAAGGGGUUUUGAAUUGCUUUUGCAAAUUGGGUAGGCUGGCAGAGGCAUAUCAAGUGUUGGGUAUAAUGACAACUCUUGGAAUAUCCAUGUCUGUAAACAUUUGGACUAUAAUAGUUGAUGGGUUCUGCCGAUUGCACAGAACUGCUGAUGCUUCAUCUCUAGUGAAGAAGAUGAAAAGAACUGGUUGUUUUCCAAACAUUGUGACGUAUACUACUCUGAUCAAGGCAUAUCUGGAGGCACAACUGUUUAGUGAUGCAUCUAGUGUUUUGAGCAUUAUUGAAUCAGAAGGGCAUUCCCCCGACCGGGUUCUUUAUAAUGUAUUGAUUGAUAGUCUUGCUAAGAUUGGGAGAUACGAUAAAGCUCUUAGUAUUUUCCUUAGUUUGGAUAAACAAAAUAUAUAUCCAGAUUCUUAUACCUUUAGUUCGUUGUUGAAUGUCAUAUGUCUAUCCAAAAUGUUUUUCCUUCUACCCAAGUUAGUUGAUGGAUUUUUUGUAGAAGCUGACUUGGUGGCAUGUAACUCUCUGCUAAAUUAUCUCAGUAAGGCUGGAUUUCCUUCACUUGCCUUGGAACUAUAUGAUGAGAUGUUGGAUAAAGGUUUAAUGCCAGAUAAGUAUAGUGUUCUUGGAGUAUUAACUGGUCUUUGUGGGUCAAGAAGAAUUGAUGAAGCAGUUCAUCUGUACAAUGGUAUUCUCUUGAACCAUACUGGAGUUGAUGCUCAUAUCCACACUGUAAUUAUAGAUGGACUAAUAAAAGCUGGUAAAUGUCAUUCAGCCAUUAGAGUAUUCAGGAAAACUUUAUUGGAGGAAAAUUCUUUGGAUGUUGUAUCAUUUACUGUUGGCAUUCGUGGGCUUCUAAUGGUUAGUAGACAUACAGAGGCUCUUAACUUGUAUAACCAUAUGAAGGAGGUUGGUAUAAAUCCUAAUGGCCAUAUUUGUAAUUUAAUGCUCUUCAAUUUUUGUAAAGAAAGAAAUUUGGAAUCAGUGGAACAAAUGCUACAAGAGAUGAUUGAUCUGAGAAUAGAAAUGAGCUGCAAUAAUUUCGUUAGGUUAUGCAACGCGAUUUGUAGAUCAUCAUACAAUUCUCGUCUGGUUAUUUAUUUAUUAAUUGAGAUGAGAGAUUUGGGAUUGUUACCUGCCAAGCUAGCUUGUAAAAUAUUGGUCCAUAAACCCCCCAAAGUUGUGAAUGUUUUUGAGAAACAUCAUGAAUUAUUGAAUGGCUGUAUAGAAUAUGGUCUAUUUGGCUAUACAUCUGGCUCUGAAGAAUAUACUGAUGUUUCUGCUUCUGUGGGCUGAGUUUGAAUGUAGAAGAAAGUCGAUUAUUUUAAAAUGAUGGUACAGUUGCUAUGUUCCGCAACCUAGAGCGUAUUCUAACAUGCUCCCAAACACCGUAAAGAUUGCAUCAGUUCUUGGUGCACAGAUACGAAAAGUUUAUGAUGGCCUUCGUCGUUGUCAUCUAAGCCCUCGCCAUCUGAUUCUACCUCUAAUAGAAGGGGCUUUCCUUCUUUUGCACGAACCAUGGAGUAAUUUGAUAGGUCAUUUUUGUGCCCUAAUGUCAUUGAAAAGCUUUUUAUUCAAAGGUGUCAGUUCUAUCUGUUUGUUCUGUUUCAAGUGUUGGGGGUUCUAUAAAGGACAGGUAGCCGGAAUCGUGGCAAUGAAAUCUCGAUACUGUAUGAUUCUGUGUUUUACUUGCAUCAGGGCAAAGACCUCAGAUUUUGCAGCAGAGGACGAUGAGCCUGCCCGAGUGUUAUCACUCCAUUAUAUUUCCAUUCUCGAAUGGGAGAUGGAGCUGCUGCCAGGCUCUGGAAAGGCUGUUCUUGUGGCUUUGAAACAGACCCUCGAUCAAUGGCCUUAUUUGUCGUCAAGCUCGAAACAAAGGGCUUUCGAAGAUCGUUGGAAGAACGGGUUCGUGUGGUGGAGCUUAGAUUUGAGAGACCCUUGCUUGACAACGAAUCAAAGGAAUGGGUGAAUCAAGGCAUCAGACUGAAGUUUAGACAAGAUUUGUAGGCCCCUGUUUUCUGUGUUGGCCCUGUUUCGGUUCUUUCGUAUUCUUUCGAUGAAAGCUCAGUUUCUCGAUUAAAAAAAAAAAGUGUUCGAAUAAAGAUUCUAUAAUUUGGAGGCUGAAGAAUGAGAUGUGGUUUUUCUUGUUAAAUCUCAUUUUGAGCUUCUUAAUAGUGAAAAAUUCAUCUAAAGUUCAAAUGUAAAAGUUUAAAAGGUUUUGUCCUUCUGGGAAG